CCCGCCCCCCGGCCGGCCCGGCGCGGGGUCACUCUCCGCCCUGCGGCGGCGUAACCGCCCCGCUCCUCCGGCGCUCGGCGGCCCCCUGGCCCCGGCCGCUGGGGGGACAUGGAGUUCGCGGAGCUGAUCAAGACCCCGCGAGUGGACAAUGUGGUGCUGCACCGGCCUUUCUACCCGGCCGUCGAGGGGACCUUGUGUCUGACCGGCCACCACUUGAUCCUGUCCUCCCGGCAGGACAACACGGAGGAGCUGUGGCUCCUCCAUUCAAACAUAGACGCCAUCGACAAGCGAUUCGUGGGAUCACUGGGUACCAUCAUCAUAAAAUGUAAAGAUUUUCGAAUUAUACAGUUGGAUAUUCCUGGAAUGGAGGAAUGUUUGAAUAUAGCCAGUUCCAUUGAGGCAUUGUCUACCCUGGACUCCAUCACUCUGAUGUAUCCUUUCUUCUACCGGCCCAUGUUCGAAGUGGUAGAGGACGGCUGGCACUCGUUCCUUCCUGAGCAGGAGUUCGAGCUCUAUUCCUCAGCUACCAGUGAGUGGAGGCUAAGCUAUGUCAAUAAGGAAUUUGCUGUCUGUCCCUCAUACCCACCAAUCGUCAUAGUCCCCAAAUCCAUUGAUGAUGAAGCUCUUCGGAAGGUAGCUACAUUUCGACAUGGGGGGCGCUUCCCGGUACUGAGCUAUUAUCAUAAAAAAAACGGAAUGGUAAUUAUGCGAAGUGGCCAGCCACUCACUGGCACGAAUGGGAGGAGGUGCAAGGAAGAUGAGAAGCUCAUAAAUGCUACCCUCAGGGCAGGAAAGCGAGGCUACAUCAUUGACACCCGCUCUCUAAACGUGGCUCAGCAAGCUAGAGCCAAAGGAGGCGGCUUUGAACAAGAAGCUCAUUAUCCUCAGUGGAGGCGAAUUCAUAAGUCCAUUGAGAGAUACCACAUUCUUCAGGAGAGCUUAAUCAAACUCGUGGAAGCUUGUAACGAGCAAGCACAUAACAUGGACCGGUGGCUCAGUAAACUGGAGGCCUCUAAUUGGCUGACUCACAUCAAAGAGAUUCUGACAACCGCCUGCCUGGCAGCCCAGUGCAUCGACAGGGAAGGAGCAUCAAUACUGAUUCACGGGACGGAAGGAAUUGAUUCCACACUUCAGGUGACCUCCCUGGCCCAGAUCAUCUUGGAACCAAGAAGCAGGACCAUCCGAGGAUUUGAGGCCCUGAUAGAAAGGGAGUGGCUACAGGCUGGCCACCCGUUCCAGCAGCGCUGCGCGCAGUCGGCCUACUGCAACAGCAAGCAGAAGUGGGAGGCGCCUGUGUUCCUGCUCUUCUUGGACUGUGUGUGGCAGAUACUUCGUCAGUUCCCGUGUUCUUUUGAAUUUAAUGAGCAUUUCCUCAUCAUGCUCUUUGAGCACGCUUACGCCUCCCAGUUUGGAACGUUUCUGGGCAACAAUGAAAGUGAAAGAUGUAAGUUGAAGCUGCAGCAGAAAACCAUGUCUCUCUGGUCCUGGGUCAAUCGGCCCAGUGAGCUGAGUAAAUUCUCCAAUCCUCUGUUUGAAGCCAACAACCUCGUCAUCUGGCCGUCAGUUGCUCCGCAGAGUCUUCAGCUGUGGGAAGGUAUUUUCCUACGUUGGAACAGAACCUCGAAGUAUUUGGAUGAAGCCUAUGAAGAAAUGGUUAACAUCAUUGAGUAUAACAAAGAAUUACAAGCAAAAGUCAAUAUCCUUAGGAGGCAGUUGGCAGAACUGGAAACAGAGGAUGGGAUGCAGGAGAGUCCCUGAAAGGUGUCCCCACACCCUCCGUAAGGACCUUCCUGGACCUACAUCCGCCUGUCUCCCCGUGCACACUUCAGUUCACUUUUACACAGUAGCCUUGAACUUGAGGCUGCAGACGUGGGUCCCUCUGUGUAAUGGGUUUCUCAGUACUGUAAGGAUGAAAACUACCAUCAUGACUCGCGUUUCAUGUGGCCUGUUAGGCCCCUUCACUUGGGAGCAGGAAGGAGGUGCUAGUCAUUUUAUUUUUUGUGAAAUAGAUGACCUAUUUAAUGCCAUUUGUGUUAUACUCCGUUUCCUCCGAAGCUUUUGUCCACUUUGCAGACAGUGCUGUAGACCAGCCAAGGAUACAGUUAGUCUCUUUAGGGAAUAUUUGGUGGUUUAAAAAAAUAGUUAGUUUUAAACACUCCGAGUAUAGAAAUGUUUUUCAAAACUGAAGUGAUUGAUAAACAAAGCAUUUUGUGUUUAACAUGCCAUGUCCAAGAUCUGUGCCACAUAAAGCAGCCAUUCUCUUUAAAAUAGUUUUGGACUAGCAAAGCUGAACUCAUUCUCAUUCUGGUUCGUCAAGAAAGGAAAAUCUGAAUACUUAUUCAAGGUAAAUUAUUUCUACAAGGGCAACAGGCAUAGUUGUUAUUUACAGUAAGAAGAGUUAAAUUUAUUUUAACAGUAGACACUGAAAAUAUGUGCAAUAUAGAGUUAAAGUAGGAAUUUGUGACUGAUAGAGAAUUGUUACUGUUAUAUUGGUUUUUCAAGUUUUGACCAUACUUAUAAAAUGUGUAUAAAAUACUGGAUAUAAAAUCAAAAUCAAACCAUCACUUAGAAUAGAGUUAAUGUGUUAUAAUUAAGCCACAAAUACGGUUUUCGUAAACCAGAGAUGCACUGCCCUUGUCUAAAGUUCUUAUUGCACUGGUUUAUAUAUACAUGAGUGUGUGUAUUUUAUUGUUUUUUUAUUUGUAAGUAUUCUAAGGGUUUAUUAAUGCUAAGGUUAAAAUUUUCAUGUUGUCCUGAGCCUUUUGCAGAUUUAUUUUAACUCUGCUGGUUUGUCCAUAUGCGUCAGGCAAAUAGGGCCGGGGGGGAGGAGUUCUCGAAUACGAUGCAGCUCUGUGUUUUAAACAUCAGAAACAGAUCUGAAAUGUUUCUGUGUUACAGAAAUAGUGAUGGCUGUAUUCGUGUUCUGCUAGUUUGUUCACGCCUGCAACACUAAAUGUUUGUGGUUCAGUACUUCCCACGUUCAUUUCUGUUUUGUGGUACUGCUCAUUUUAACAAAUACCAUCAAUUCUAGUUUUCCUUUAAAAGGAUAGUUGACAAGUAAUCUUUAAUACCAUUCCCACACCAUCUGUAUAUAACUAUUUCAGAGCAGAACACACCACUCUGAACCCUGCUUUAGAGCUCUGUAUUGAGCUAAAAAUACAAUUUUUAAAAAAUCAACGGCCACAUCCAGAAGGCUCAGAAAGUAGCUGAGUACUUUCUGUCUCCAGUUGCCCAAGCUUCAUCCUUUUUCUGCUUCCUGAGACUUGUAGCAAAAGGCUAGACAACAAUCAACAGUCCAAACUCUUGGUAAAUUCGCCUGCCACCUUCUGUAAGCCCAGUUUUAUUCUUACUUUCUUAGUUAUAAAUCUGGGAUAUGAAAGUUGUAUGACAAGGAGCAUAAGAAGUGUUCUGAUAUCUCUGUGUCGUGGAAACGUCUCUUUCAGUUUUAUGAAAGAGGAGACAGCCUGGCUUUUUUAUGGCCCCUCAACAGUGCUUGCUGUGUCUGUUUAAGAAACCUUUUUGUUUUUUUCCUAUUUUUGUCUCAAGACUACAAAUGAAAAGGAACCUUUUUCUUCUCAACUAAUUGACCCAUCAGGAAAACCAUCUAGAGAUUUUUCUUUAGACGUGAUCCCCACUGCUUAUGUUGCCCUGCCGUAGGGCUGCCGUGGGUGGAAGCUUCUUGGUCGUGGAGGAAUUUGCCCCAUCAGUUUAUACCUGUCUUCCUGAUGGACAUUUGAUGUUGGAGCCAGAGGACAAUAAUAGCAUGCUUUAGCGUUUUUCCUCUUUUUCUUCUUUACUUCAAUUUCUUUUUCUCCUCUUAUUGAGACAGCAAUCUUCACUGUUUUGGCAAGUUUGCAUUUUAGUAUUAGUUCAUAAUUAGGGAUUGUCCAAACCUCAGAUCUCUUUACAGGUUGUAAAAAUAAACGUUGGUAUCAAUAAACUUUCAAAAGCGUCAUUUAGUAAUGCAAAUAUUUGGGUUUUCCUGAAGUCAAGAACUCUAUCAGAAAUAAGUAUGUCAUCAAUAUAAUUUGAAGAGGGUUUUUAGUAACACUACUAAGCUACCCUUCCUUGGAUGGGAAGAAUAAAUAAAAUGGAUGCACUCAUGAUAAGAUAAUUAUUGAACAUUAAGUUUGGAAAGUUGCCUUUGAUAAAGGUGGCAUUAAGAACGUGAAUGAAGGGGAUGAAGGCAGGACUGGGGAGUUGCCCUGUAAGAGCCAGAAACAAUCAAGUGAGAGAUAAUUCGAUGCGUGGAUAUUAGUCAUCGUCUCUAAUUUAUGGUGAAGGCUGGUUUUUAUUUGGGGGAUGCAUGUAGUAGGCCCCACAACAAAUAUUUUUAAAAUACAAAGGAUCACUACAAUUCUCUAUCAGCAAUACAAGAAUCCUUAAAUUUAAAUUAAUAAUUUUUUAAAAAGCAGAAGAACAAAAAAACCUGAAACUUUUUGGUGGCAGGAUUUUCCAGUAACUCUUUGUUUGGCCAAAACUUUUUAUUUUGAUUUUAUUGAAUGGGAAGAAAACAAGCAGAAAUAGUAGAAUCCAGUAGGUUUCAAACAAGCUAUAAAUGUAUUUUAUUUCUAAGAAAACUUGGGCCAUCAAAGCAAGAUUUUAAAGUGAUUUUUUAGAAAACUUGGGAAGACAAUAACAGACAUAAAUUUCAAAUCCCAUGUGGGGGGAUUUUAAAACCUUAAUUUUGAGGCCUGAUUUACAGGUGGAAUCUUAAUGUUUUUCAUUUAAACGAUGAAAUUUAAUGGGAUUUUAGUCUUUGAUUCAGUUAGUAUUUGGUUUAUGUUAGGUGAAGAAUCAGUAUCAGGGAAAAGAUUUGACCAGUAGCUUAGUCUCUUGAAGUGAAAAAUAGGAGUAACAUUUUGCUGUAUUUUGAAGACUCUGGUUAGUGACAUAACUCUUGUAGUUAUCUGGUUUCAGGAAUAGCUGUUUUGUCAGUCUUCGGUCCGUCAUCCGGUUCACUUAUUGUCAGACCUUUACACCUCAGAUCAAGGUUUGGUAUUUGCCCAUUUCCAGAUUUAAUGAAUGAAAACUGCAUGAGGGUAUUGUAAGCACUCUUUAUUAGAAAGGUAUUUUCUGGACAAAAAAAAAAAAAAAGAGGGGGGGCAGUAUUUAGAAUAGUUGAUCCCUUGUUCUGGAAGCUUUGAAAUUUAACAGAAUGAAGUCAUGCAGUGUGUCCGGUGCAGGUUUAUGCUAUACGUCGAGACAGCAUAGGUUUGUGACAUCUUCCCCUUUACCAUGGGCAGACCUGGUUCCCCCCCACAGGUGGUGUCAUAAGUUAUCACCAGAUAGUAUUCUUAUGUUUUUCAUCAUCUUAAAAAUCAUUAAAAGUCUGAUUUCUCCAUUUAUAUUUAUUCUCAGAUGAUACGAAAUGCUAAAUUUCCUAUAGUAUCAGUUUCUAAUUUUUAUUUUCUUGAAUAAAAUUAUUUUCACCUCCACUUGGUCUUUAUAAUCCACCAUUCACAGCAUCUUUUUCCUUUAAACCAGAAGAGACCCUCAAAAAUUCUAGGAGUGGGUUUUAAAAUGCCUAAAGUUGUCUAAAUUUCCCUUUUAAGAAACCUAACGUCGUAUCUUUGAACGACACUGUGGAACAGUAGUUUGUGCUCAAUUUAGUGGAGGAUCAUGGCGCUUACUGUAAACACUACAUUGUCCUGAAAAGUAAUUCCUGGGAAGAGCUUACUGACUUUCAGAGCCAUGUGUUUAACCGUCUGCAAGUCUAAGGAUUCACUGUGUUUGUGAUUUGUAAUAAAAUUGAGUUGUACAACACUGCCUGUGUCUAUCUGACCAAGACAGAAUGCACUUCAAUUCUUCACUUUUAGAAUGCACAUAUCUUUGGAGAGGUGAAUUACUCUACACAGUACACCCUAAGUCCCAUUGUUUAGAAUCCUUAUAGAUCGAUUACCAUCUACACUAAGAAUGUUGUACUUGCACAAUUUAGUUUAUUAAAAAAAGAAUAUGUAUUUCAAUAGCCAGGUAUUUUGAUUGUACUCUUGAUAUAUUUGAAUGUGACUCUUGGAUUUAAGUGCACUAUUAUUCAUAUCUUAAUAAAAUUGCACUAUGUGGCGGAUGUGUCUAUAAUGUAUGCUUUGCUAAAACCUCAGAGUGCUGUAAGGUAUAGGUUUCUAUAUUGUGAACCUGUCUAUAUAUACAUAUAUGGUCUUAGGGGAAAAUUCUGAACUUUUGUAAGUCUAUGUAACCUUUUAAUAUUAUUUGUAAUGUUCACUAAGUGAUAAGUUCACUUGUGUUCUACAAUUGGAAUCAUUCAGGUUGAGUGGGCUGGUUUGCCAAGCUUGGUUUACUAAAUCAAGAAACAGUUUCAUCAAACGUGGUACUGUUAUUAGUGUGUAGUAUUUGUGUGUAGUGUUCUCCCUCUGCCUGGGGGGCUGUUGCACAGAUGCUAGUGUAAAAUUCCUACAGUGGUAAUAAAAUUUGAAUAUAUUCAAGUGCU